UGGAGGAGUCGUACCGAGUGGCACCGCCGACAUCACUCCCCCUGCAGACCCACCCCCCGCACACUCCCCCACCUCUCAGCCGGUGCCACUGCGGUUAUCACGCGGGCUGGAUGUCGUCGUCGGAUGAAGAGGCAAGAGAGGCGACGGGGAAGACAUCUCUCCAUGGCUACCCGAUGGUCAGGUCUCUGUCGGAGGACGGGUUGGUGUUGAGGCGGCACGGGGAGGAGGGCCGAGCGGCCGAGCACGACGAGGGCGACGAGGAGGGGGUGGGGGGGGUGGGGGGGGGGGCCUCCACCCCCAGCGACAAGAAGCCGCCCAAGCAGCUCCUCCGCGCAAAAACCCUGGACCCGGUCCCAUCGGAGGAAUUCGACACGAGGAGGCACAUGUCCAUCACCCCUCCCAAAAAGCACAACAGGCAAUUCCACAAGCUCUUCAAAAGCAUCUCUCACCAAGAGGAGCUCGUCGAUACGUACACGUGCGCCCUGCAAAAGGACAUUGUUUACCAGGGCCGGCUCUUUGUCUCCAAGUCUUGGAUCUGCUUCCACGCCAACCUCUUUGGGAAAAGCAUGAAGAUCGCGGUGCCGGUCUGCGAGGUGACGGCCAUUCACAAGGACAAGACGGCGCGGCUCGUGCCCAACGCUGUGCGGAUCACCACCACCACCGCCACGCACACGUUCGUGUCGCUGCUGUCACGGGAGACGACGCUGAAGGUGCUGCGCGCAGUGUGCACCCACCUGGAGACCUUUCCAGAUGUACCCGACAGCCCGAAGCGUGGCCGGGACUCAGACUCCAGCGACAGCUCACGCAGCAACUCCCCCGAGCGGAGACACGAUAAACUCUCGAGGGCGCAGGAGCCCAGCUUCGACAGCGUGGACGGAGACGGCGGCCUCUACUCCCACAAUGCACCGGCAGAGGAGGGCGACGCUGCAGCCGCCACCCACAAUGCACCGGGGCCCCCAAGCUCUGGCCGCAGCCUCGGCUGCAUGCUGUGCACCUUGUUCCUCACGACGGUGCUGCUGGUGGGCAUCUCCUCGUACUUGGCCAUGAGGAUCGCCUUUCUGGAGAGGCACAUUCAUCUCAUGGAGGCCACACCGGGGCUCACCGAGCAGUGGGGCUGCCUCUCCUCCGAGCCCACCGCCGACGGCCACUCGUGCCUGAACAGCGCCAUCGCCACCGGCCUCAACGCGCUCAACAAGGUGCAGGCGGACCUGCGCAGGCUGCUGGACGACUGGGAGUGACUCUCCGCACGCCGCUCCUCCUCCUCCUCGGCGCGGGAUUCCGGCGGGCCGUGACGACCGCGUCAUCUCGGG